UCUCCCCUUCUCGGUAGGGGGGCGUGGAGGCAACCGGGAUCUGCCUGGGGCCAGCAUGAGCCGGAGGGAGGGAAGUCUGGAGGACCCCCAGGCUGACUCCUCAAUCUCACCCCUUCCCCACUUGGAGUCCAAGAUCCAACAGACACACAGCCUUGCCCGCCUCCUCACCAAAUAUGCUGAGCAGCUGCUCCAGGAAUAUGUGCAGCACCAGGGAGACCCCUUCGGGCUGCCUGGCUUCUCGCCCCCGCGGCUGCCGGUGGCCGAUCUGAGCGCCCCGGCCCCGGGCCACGCGGGCCUGCCGGUGCCCGAGCGCCUGCGGCUGGACGAGGCAGCGCUGGCCGCGCUGCCACCGCUGCUGGACGUCGUGCGCCGCCGCCAGGCCGAGCUGAACCCGCGCGCGCUGCGCCUGCUGCGGCGCCUGGAGGACGCGGCGCGCCAGGCGCGGGCCCUGGGCGCCGCCGUGGAGGCCGUGCUGGCCGCGCUGGGCGCCGAGACCCGCGGGCCCCAACCGGAGCCUGCCGCCGCCGCCGUCGCCGCGGCCACUGCCACCGCGGGCGUCUUCCCGGCCAAGGUGCUGGGGCUCCGCGUGUGCGGCCUCUACCGCGAGUGGGUGAGCCGCACAGAGGCCGACCUAGGCCAGCUGGCGCCCGGGGGCCCGGCCUGAGAGCGGGGCGCGCGCCGCAGCUCGCGGUCCCCUCCUGGGCCGUCUCCGCCUCUCCAUCCCUCUCCAUCUCCAGCAGCGUCUCUGUGUUCUCCGACCGUCUCCAUCUCUCUAUUUGCUUUGUACGCUCUCGAUCUCUUUUUCUCCCUGGGGCCUUCGUGUCUCUGUCUGUGACUUCCCAUGUCUAUCACUUCCUUGCUUUCCCCCUCUUUUUCUCCAUCGCUUGGGCCUGCCUUGCUGGGGAUCUCUGUCUCCGCUUCUCCCCAUCUCUUGCCUCCUCUUGGCCCCAUGUGAGCAUGUGUACAUCUGCACCUCAUCUCAAGGAGGGGACACCUGGCACUCUGUUUCCCUCUGUCCUUCUCUCACUCCUUUCCUGGCUAGGGACAUGUCUGCUGACCCUGUGGUGGGUGGGCUCCUCCAGACAAAUUUCAGCCACCUUCCCCCAGGGUCACUCCACCUGCUGCUCUCCCCCUCCCCCAUCCCACCCUUUGCGGCCCUGCCCCCUCUGCCUUUGAUGUCCUUUCCCUUCUUCCCC